UAUUGCAUUGGUUUCAUCAUUGUGCAGCAUGCCAUGAUAAUAACAUCUGGCUGAACACUGGUAGCAUGCUAUUGUAGGCAGAUGUCACACACCAAUCAGAUCACUAAUAUUACUUAACUGCAUAAUCCUAGGAUGAAGUUCUUUGCUCUCAGCGGUCAUCCCAACAAGCCAUGCAAUGUGCUGCGCUUCAAGCAGUGCACAAUCAUGCUCGACUGUGGUUUGGACGAGACCACGAUCCUAAACUUCUUGCCACUGCCAUUGGUGCCAAGUCCUCGUAUUGACAACCUACCAACAUGGACUCCGAAGGAGGAGACACAGAUCGAGGGCGAGCUGAAGGAGUGUGCUGGCAAGGUCUUCAUUGACUCUCCACCCGAGUUCUGCCUGCCACAGACCAGUCUCGUCGACUUCUCGGAGAUUGACGCCAUCCUCAUCUCGAACUACACAAGCAUGCUGGCGCUGCCAUUCAUCGUGGCCGAGCGCGGCUUCCGCGGCACUGUGUACGCCACCGAGCCGACCCUGCAGAUCGGCCGCCUCUGCAUGGACGAGCUGCUCUACCACAUCGAGCAGACGCCGCGUGCCAAGCACGCCUCAAAGUGGAAGCAGCUGGUGCACCUACUGCCGGCGCCGCUCUGCCAGGUGUACAAGCCGAAGCUGUGGCGGCAGCUGUACAAUGCAGACACCAUCAACCAGGCCAUGACGCGCGUACACACGGUCGGCUACGGUGAGAAGAUGGACGUGUUCGGGGCGCUGCGCGUCAUGCCGUCCAGCUCGGGCUACUGCCUCGGCUCGGCCAACUGGACUAUCUCAUCCGACUACGAAAAGAUCGUGUACGUCAAUGGCUCAUCCACGCUGACCACGCACCCGAAGCAGCUGGAGCAGACGCAGCUGCGUGGUGCCGACGUGCUCAUCCUGAACGGACUGACGCAGGUGCCGUCCUACAACCCUGACGCCAUGAUCGGCGAGUUCUGCGCCAAAGUGACGCACACCGUCAAGGGCGGCGGCAGCGUGCUAGUGCCCUGCUGUCCGUCCGGCAUCGUGUACGACCUGAUCGAGUGCCUGGCGCCGUACCUGGACCAGCAGGGCCUCAGCUCGGUGCCACUCUUCUUUGUAUCGCCCGUGGCCGAGCACUCGCUCGCCUACUCCAACAUCCUGGCCGAGUGGCUGUCGCACGCCAAGCAGGUGCGCGUCUACCUGCCGGAGGACCCGUUCCCGCACGGCCACCUCGUGUCCAGCGGACGGCUACGGCCCUACAAGAACCUGCAGGCGGACGGCUUCAGCGCCGAGUUCCGCCAGCCUUGUGUCGUGUUCGGCGGCCACCCGAGCCUGCGCUUCGGCGACUCGGUCCACUUCAUGGAGCUGUGGGGCGGCAGCUCCAGUAACGCGGUCAUCUUCACGUCGCCCGACUUUCCCUACUUGGAGUGCCUGGCGCCGUACCAACCGCUCAGCAUGAACUGCUACUUCACGCCCAUCGAUACGUCUCUCUACUUCAGCCAGGCCAACAAGCUGAUCCGGGACCUGAAGCCGCAGACGCUGGUGAUUCCGCAGCAGUACGCGUCGCCGUCGGCGAUGGCACCGCACCGCGCCGACUGUCAGAUCGAGGCUGACUGCGCCACGCUGACGUACCGGCGCGGUGACGUGCUCUCGCUGCCGGUGCGCCGCUCACAGGAGCGCGUCGUCAUCUCGGCCGAGCUGAGCGAACGGCUGAACACGACCGAGCUGCGGCCGGGGGUGGCCGUGGCCACCGUCACCGGCCUGCUGCACGUGCAGGACAACCGGCACCGGCUGCUACCGCCGCCGGAGUCGGAGCCGGCCAGCGACGACGAGCCGCGCAGCCUGGAGGCCCUGGUGGGCGUGCGACCGCGCUACCACACUUACGGCACCGUGCACGUGCCCGAGUUGCUGCAGCGGCUCACCCAGGAGGACAUCAAUGACGCCAAGGUGGAGGAGGGGCCGAACGGCGUCAUAGUGCAUCUGCAGGAAGAGGACACGCUCAUCCAGAUCGACAGCAACUCGACCCACAUCAUCUGCGGCGGCGAUGAGAGGCUCCGCUGCAAGCUGCGCGAUGUCCUGCUUGAGUGUCUCAGCAAGUUCUGAAAGGCCACGUCUCGGGGCCCGUGUGACCAAUGGUGCGCUUGUUCGGCUGGCGGUACGGCGUGUUCGUCGGCACCAUCGUCGGCAGCGUGGGCCUGGCUCUCUACCCCAUCAUCGUUUACCCGAUGAUCCACAAGGAGGAGUACAAGGAAGCGC